ACCCUCUCUGUCAUUGCUCCCUAUGUCGGCAAUCAUUGAUAUCAAGUUGGGUCCUGGUGACCGCUUCAACAAGAGCGAUAAAAACGGUGCGCACAGUUCAACCAGGAAUAAUUCGGCAAUUCAGGAAAGAUUCAUGACGCUUUGUACGAUUGAGUCUCAACCCUCCAUGAUAUGGCAUUUUGGUUACUUUGCACCCGACAGCUUAGAGAGAAGGUACAUAUAG